AUGAACACAACUGAUAUUGGCCGUGAUUUUAACGCGAUGUCGGACGAAUUCUUGUCUUUGGAAAAUCGAGAGUCUGACCAAGUCCCAAAUGGCAUAGCCUCUGGAUAUCAUCUUAAUUAUCUUUCUCUGCCGAUCAAUGAUAACGAGGCCAAUCGGUCCCGGUUGAAUGCUAUAUUGCAAAUCUUCAAUCAGAUCACUCAGGCAUAUCUUCUUUCCUUGUCGAGCAACGCUAAUCGGACCGAGUGGAACGCUUUAUUGCAAAACUUGAUCUCUCAGGCAUAUUCGUUGAUCAACGAUAACGAAGACAAUCGGGCCGAGUGGUACGCUCUAUUGCAAGAUUUGAUUGACAUAAUCUCUCACGCAUAUUCGCUGAUCAACGAUAACGAGGCUAAUCGGACCGAGUCAUUGCCACAUGUUACGUUAGAGAACUGCCAAGAUGUGUCUAUGUACGUUGUGAAAUAUAAUGGUGAAGAACUUGUCUCAUUCCAAAUUGAGAAAGAAACGAAGGGCGGCAAUAGAUACAUGCGCUUUAGAAAUACAGUUGUAAAAGCCCUAAAACUGAAGGGGCACGCAUUUUCUAAGGAUAUGAAGGAAGUAUCUACAUUAACAAAAAUAGCUUGGCACAGUGCUGAUGACCGUAUUAAAGACGAAUUCGAUCGCAUAGGGAACAGUGCUGAUGACCAUAGUAAAGACAAAUUUAAUCGCAAAAGGGGAAAAGUACGAUCAAAAAAGAAAAACUCGUCUUUGAGAUUUAUUUGUUCCGUCUGUAAAAUCUCCUUCCCUAUCCAACAUGCCAAACGUAUAUAUGCUGCGGAUAAGGAGGCCACAACCAGGCGUGAUAUUACGUGCCCUAAUUGCCAAAGGCUACACAAACUUCAUACGACUUACAAAGUCGUCUCUGAAUAA